UCACUGUUGACUCCAGUCUCUGUUGUUACGCUGGAACCAACCAUUCUUGUUAAGUCUCGUUUCACCGGUUUAUCUUAUGAUAAUGGAAUGUCUAGUCCUUUUAAUCGACGGUUUUGGUUCUGAUUUGUUUUAUAGUCUGCGGAUCCGUCGCUUCUUCUUACGUUGUUAGUUAUUUCAGUUGUCCAAUUCUAUGCUUAAUUCAAUGCUGUGUGCAUCAGCUUUUGUUGUUUGAAUUUUCUUAUGUGAAGCUCGUUGACAAUGGAUCUACUAGAAUUCAUGUUUGAUUUAUAGAGAUCGCCAGCAAUUCGUUUGUGAUUGUCCAAUUUGAGCUAGAUCUACUAAUAUUGCGUUUGUAAGAUUGAUAGCGAGUGGUCAACCUAUAGUCUUCCUGAAAGCUAAUGAUCAAAGUGUCAGCUUUUGCAUUCAUGUAUUAGAUCUGGUUUCUCCUUAUCUCCUUUUAUGGAUACUGGAAGAAAAUAAGUCGAAUUCCUUUUAUUUGCUAGAGUUACUUUUAUUGGGUAUAGAUCUUGCACCGACCUUUAGAUGAUGACAUGCACUGGUUUUCUAUGUCGAGUCUAAUACGUUUGACAACGUCAUCUUAGUUUCCACCAUGUUGGAACAUAGUGACACUUGGUUGUGCUCACCAGUCGUCGAGUAGUGAGGCCGUAUCAAUCAUGCUUGAACUAAUCUUGAAUCUCCAAUCCAAGCAACACGCACGGAGACUACUUGAACUCAUGCCUCAACGUUGUUAAAAGAAGAAAAAUGGUGAAGAUUUGCUGCAUUGGUGCUGGCUAUGUCGGGGGACCUACCAUGGCUGUCAUUGCACUUAAGUGCCCCUCCAUUGAAGUGGCUGUUGUUGAUAUCUCUGUAUCCCGUAUUGCAGCCUGGAACAGCGACCAGCUUCCUAUCUAUGAGCCAGGCCUUGAAGAUGUUGUAAAGCAAUGCCGUGGCAAGAACCUCUUCUUCAGCACAGAUGUAGAAAAACAUGUCUGUGAAGCUAAUAUUGUGUUUGUCUCAGUUAACACACCAACCAAAACUAGGGGUCUUGGAGCUGGAAAAGCAGCAGACUUGACAUACUGGGAGAGUGCUGCUCGCAUGAUUGCUGACGUCUCAAAGUCUGAUAAAAUUGUGGUUGAGAAAUCUACAGUCCCAGUCAAAACUGCUGAGGCUAUUGAGAAGAUUCUUACCCACAAUGGCAAGGGGAUUAAAUUCCAGAUUCUAUCUAACCCAGAAUUCCUUGCUGAAGGAACUGCAAUUCAAGAUCUCUUCAAACCAGACCGUGUGCUCAUUGGUGGUCGGGAGACUCCUGAAGGACAGAAAGCCAUUCAAGCAUUGAAGGAUGUUUAUGCUCAGUGGGUUCCUGAGGAUCGAAUCCUUACCACAAAUCUUUGGUCUGCAGAGCUGUCUAAGCUUGCAGCUAAUGCUUUCUUGGCCCAAAGAAUUUCAUCUGUCAAUGCCAUGUCCGCACUCUGUGAGGCCACUGGGGCAAAUGUCAAACAGGUGUCCUUUGCUGUUGGUACGGACUCAAGGAUUGGACCCAAGUUCCUCAAUGCUAGUGUUGGCUUUGGUGGGUCCUGCUUCCAGAAAGACAUCUUGAACCUUGUUUACAUCUGUGAGUGCAAUGGUCUUCCAGAGGUAGCAGAGUACUGGAAACAGGUGAUUAAGAUCAACGAUUAUCAGAAGAGCCGUUUUGUGAAUCGUGUUGUUUCCUCAAUGUUCAACACUGUUUCUAACAAGAAGAUUGCCAUUCUGGGAUUUGCCUUCAAGAAAGACACUGGAGACACUCGUGAGACCCCGGCUAUUGAUGUUUGCAAGGGACUGCUAGGUGACAAAGCUCGCCUGAGCAUAUACGAUCCACAAGUCACUGAAGAGCAAAUCCAGAGGGAUCUCACAAUGAACAAGUUUGACUGGGACCAUCCUAUCCACUUGCAGCCCAUGAGCCCCUCAACGGUGAAGCAAGUCAGUGUGGUUUGGGAUGCCUAUGCGGCAACAAAGGAUGCACAUGGUCUUUGCAUUCUGACUGAGUGGGAUGAGUUCAAGACUCUUGAUUAUCAGAAGAUUUAUGACAACAUGCAGAAGCCAGCCUUUGUGUUCGAUGGCAGAAACGUUGUGGAUGGGGACAAGUUGCGUGAGAUUGGCUUCAUCGUUUACUCUAUCGGUAAGCCACUGGACCCGUGGCUCAAGGACAUGCCAGCAGUGGCCUGAAACAGAUCAUUUGAUUAAGGGGACUGCGUUCCCCCUCAGUUUGAUUCUUUAUUAUUUUCAUAAGAGUUUUUCUUUUGGUCCUUUCUCUUUCCCUUUGUAGUCGGCACAAAAUUGGUAAAAAUUCAGGGAAAGUAAAAAGGCUCUAUGUUUUGCCUUGCUUUUUGUAACCCAUUUCACUAUUACCUGGAUGUUAUGAAUUUACUAGGGAAACUUGUUUUUGUUUGAUAAA